CUCAUAUAUGUAUGUAUGCGAACAUAAAAAGCACAUAAAGUCUUAUUUGUUACGGAUCCAUAGCCCAUUUCUUCUGAGAGUAGUGCUCUCGGCUUCAGUUAUUCCGUUCUCGUUAUAAAUUCGCACACAUUACAGAAGCAGACCCACUACAUUUCCCAGCAUUUAAGAUAAAAAAAACCCAGAUCAGAUCUGAUCGGAUCGGAUCAGAUCAGAUCUUGAUCGAACAAUGGCGACAAUGGAGAGUUUGAUCGGACUGGUUAACAAAAUCCAAAGAGCCUGCACCGUUUUGGGGGAUUAUGGCGGUGAAGGAAUGUCCCUCUGGGAAGCUCUGCCUUCCGUUGCUGUAGUUGGAGGCCAGAGUUCCGGGAAAUCAUCGGUGCUGGAAAGUGUUGUUGGGAGAGAUUUUCUGCCUCGUGGAUCUGGUAUUGUAACUAGGAGGCCAUUAGUGUUGCAACUACAUAAGACAGAGGGAGGAAUUGAAUAUGCUGAGUUUCUGCAUGUACCAAAGAAGAGAUUUACUGAUUUUGCUGCUGUGCGGAGGGAGAUUGCAGAUGAAACAGAUCGUAUCACAGGGAAUACAAAGAAAAUCUCUAAUAUUCCAAUUCACCUGAGUAUUUAUUCUCCAAAUGUUGUAAACUUAACCCUCAUAGAUCUUCCUGGACUAACGAAAGUUGCGGUGGAGGGGCAACCAGAGACUAUUGUUCAAGACAUUGAAAAUAUGGUCCGUUCUUAUGUUGAAAAGCCCAAUUGCAUUAUACUGGCCAUUACUCCUGCUAAUCAAGAUAUUGCCACUUCUGAUGCUAUAAAGCUUGCAAGAGAUGUUGAUCCAACAGGUGAAAGAACAUUUGGAGUUCUAACAAAACUUGAUCUAAUGGACAAGGGAACAAAUGCUGUGGACGUUCUUGAAGGAAGAGCAUAUAGGCUUCAGCAUCCCUGGGUUGGAAUUGUGAACCGUUCCCAAGCAGAUAUCAACAGGAACGUUGAUAUGAUUGCUGCUCGUCGAAGAGAGAAGGAGUAUUUUGAAUCUAGUCCUGAGUAUGGACAUUUGGCACAUAAAAUGGGUGCAGAAUAUCUGGCAAAACUUCUAUCUAAGCACUUGGAGACUGUUAUCAGGCAGCGCAUACCAAGUAUUAUUGCCUUAAUAAAUAAGACAAUUGACGAGAUUAAUGCAGAGUUGGACCGCAUUGGAAGGCCCAUUGCUGCAGAUGGAGGGGCCCAGCUGUAUACAAUUUUGGAAAUGUGUCGUGCAUUUGACCGUGUGUUUAAGCAACACCUGGACGGAGGGCGACCAGGUGGAGAUCGGAUAUAUGGUGUUUUUGAUAAUCAACUGCCAGCUGCUUUCAAAAAGCUUCCAUUGGAUCGCCAUCUUUCUCUAAAUAAUGUCAGAAAAGUAAUUUCAGAGGCAGAUGGUUAUCAGCCACAUUUGGUUGCUCCUGAACAGGGGUACAGAAGACUAAUCGAUGGAUCUCUCAGCUAUUUCAAAGGCCCAGCUGAAGCCUGUGUUGAUGCUGUACACUUUGUUCUUAAAGAACUUGUGAGGAAGUCAAUAGCAGAAACAGAGGAGUUGAAGCGAUUCCCAUCGCUUCAAUCUGAUUUAGCAGCUGCUGCAAAUGAUUCCUUGGAAAAAUUUCGUGAUGAGAGUCGGAAAACAGUUCUACGGCUAGUUGAGAUGGAGUCUACCUAUUUGACGGUAGAAUUUUUCCGCAAGCUUCAUCUUGAACCAGAUAAGAAUUCAAAUUCUCCUGCAAAUCCUUCAGUUCCAAAUCUGGAUCGCUACUCAGAAAACUAUUUCAGAAGAAUUGGAUCAAAUGUCACAGCUUAUGUUAAUAUGGUCUGUGAUACACUGAAGCUCUCUAUCCCCAAGGCUAUCGUUUGUUGUCAAGUUCUACAGGCCAAAAGAGCUCUGCUCAACCAAUUUUAUGUUCAAGUUGGGAGGAGGGAGAAAGAGCAGCUUGGUAAAAUGCUGGAUGAGGACCCAUCGCUAAUGGCAAGAAGGGAGCAACUCGCCAAGAGACUUGAGCUGUACAAAUCAGCAAGAGAUGAGAUUGAUUCGGUUGCAUGGAAGUGAUCGAUGGAUGCCCACCCAAGCCAGGCAGGCAUUAUCUGCUGUUAUACACACAACAUAUUACCGGUUUAAGAUGCAAAUUCUACAUUCAUUUUUCACUCCAAAUAAUGAAAGCCCAAAUGUAGUGGAGGAGAGUUGAGCGGCCAUAUGUUCAGUCUGUUUGUUUCCAAAAAACAGUAGCAUCUUUGCUUUUGGUAGCAGCAUGAAAAGGGUGUGAUCAGUUGAAUUCGUGUAUCAGUAAGUUUGUAAUUGUUUAGAAGCAACUAUUUCAGGAGUCCCAUAAUAUACUUUGUAGGACACUUACUUUGUUUGUACUAAUUUUGUGUGUGCAUUCUCUGUUGUUGUCAUUGACAUUGUUAUUGCUAUUGUCUGAUAGAAUUGGACUUUAUAUUUUA